ACAAAAUAUAAUAAAUAAUAGAAAUAUAAGAAUUAUACCUAAUAUACUAAAUUGUACCGACAUUUUGUAUUCUAAAUCAGUAAUUUCAUUUCAAAUUUAAAUAGUUUAAGUUUGUCUACUUAGAAAAUAUUGAAACCAUAAUGACUAUAAUUCAAUGUAAGGAGCAUCAGCUUUGGUCAGCAAAUCCGAUUAAAGCUAUGAAAGCAUUUUACGAUUGCCAAACACAUCAAGUAUGUUCCGAAAAAAAUAUCUUUGAAAAUGAUUUUAUAGAUGAUCGACAUUGGGCAACUAAUCUCAAUGACAUAAGAGAAGCAUUUUAUGAAUAUUCUGGUCAGGUAAAAAAAUCGAAAAGUGUAUUCUUACCAUUCAAAAAAUGUAUGCAAAAGUCAUUAGACAGAGAUUUAGAAAAAAUUAUCGAAAGAUUAAAAAAACGUGUGAAAACUUUUACUAGCGAUACUCAAUUGGAUCAACUGUUGGACUCGAUUUCGAAUGGAUCAUGUUACACUAAUAACAUGCAACCACUCAUCGAAUGUGACAACACAAUUGACGAAUCAUUAUUAAACAACCAGUGCAACAUUAUAAACGGAUUAGUAAACUGUCUUAAAAUGUACAUGGAUGAUGAUGAAAUUUUCAAGUUGUUGGAUGUCGAUUCGCCAGAUCAAGACAAAGCAACAAAUUACUUAGAAUAUAUUUACUCAUCUUUAAAAAAAAUGUUUGGAUUUAUUUCGUUCGGUUCAUAUCAAAAAACAGUCCAAGAUAAACCAAUUGAUUCUUGUACUUGUUCACAAACUGAUUCUAAUUCAAUAGGAGAUUGUCCGGUAAAUAAAUGUGAUAAGCGACCGAUCUGCGAGUCAAAAACUGAUUCAAGUCCAAAAGGAGAUUGUCCGGUAAAUAAAUGCGAAAAUCAACCGAUUUGCAAGUCACAAACUGAUUAUAAUUCUGAAGAUGUUCCGACGAUAAAUAAAUGCGAAAACCGACCAAUUGACCCGAUACAAACUGAUGUUAACAACUCAGGAGACAAUUUAACGGUAAAUAAACCCAAAAUCCAAUCGAUAUUUGAGAAUUCUCAGACUCAAAACGGUGACGUGAAUUGCUGUGAAGAAAUUAUCAAAUUAAAAAAUGAAUUAGCUAAAAUGGAAAUAAUUAAUGAUCAGUUGCUACGUGAAAAAAAAAUGAAAGAAAUUGCUGGAUGUCAACUUUUAUUAGGAAUACACAAAGCUAGACUAAAUAUUAAAAGAGAAAAUGCACUAGGUUAUUACCUAUAAGUUGUAUUGGCUAUAAACAUUUAUUAAUUAAUUUUUUAAAUGACACAGAAUUUUACACCUCAAUUAUCUAAAGUAUUAAUAUUGUCGCUUUAGUUUGUCGGUAAAGAUUGAAUAAAAUAAUAAACUAUCUAUUCUCA